AUGACUAGUCGAACUGGUAGAGGUUACGAUCUUGUAAUUCCACCAUGGCAAAAGGGGAAGAGCAAACGACUCCAGUUUCCAAACGGUAUCAGGCAUAACCUUCCCGGGCUAACAUUCCCGAUUGCACGGUUGACCGCCCUCCCAUUGCAAGGCACCCUGCCUGAGCAGCAGAUGAUUACAGACCCUCAGUCAGAGUCAAUAUUUACCCGGGAACCAGAGAGAGGCUACACAGCCAGUGAGACUCCACAGUCAGAGAGACUCCACGGUCAGAGAGAGACUCCACAGCCAGAGAGACUCUACAGUCAGAGAGAGACUCCACAGUCAGAGAGAGACUCCACAGCCAGAGAGACUCUACAGUCAGAGAGAGACUCCACAGUCAGAGAGAGACUGCACAGCCAGAGAGACUCCACAGCCAGAGAAACUCCACAGUCAGAGAGAGACUCCACAGUCAGAGAGAGACUGCACAGCCAGAGAGAGACUCCACCGUCAGAGAUACUCCACAGUAAGAUAGACUCCACAGCCAGAGAGACUACACAGAGUGAGACUCCACAGUCAGAGACUCCACGGUCAGAGAGAGACUCACAGAGACUCCACAGUCAGAGAGAGACUCCACAGUCAGAGAGAGAGACUCAGCCAGAGAGACUCUACAGUCAGAGAGAGAGACUCCACAGUCAGAGAGAGACUCCACAGCCAGAGAAACUCCACGGUCAGAGAGAGACUCCACGGUCAGAGAGAGACUCCACAGUCAGAGAUACGUCUGGCUGUAGAUAUUAUUAUGUGUUGUCAGACAUCGAUUCGUCUUGCUCUGGUAUUGGAGCCAUUAUCGGCCAGUUUCACUUCUAUUAG